AUGAUGCUCUCCGUGUCCCACGCGAAAGGAGGAACCAAUCGGCGACUUUGGCCCCCGAUCGCGGCCAAUGGAAGAAUCAUGGCAGUUCCACUCGACCAGUUCGAAGAUCAGCGCGAGUCAAGAAUGGCCAAGAUGAAGUUGAAGAGCUUCGACAGUGAAAGACCUUCACAUCUACCGAAAUCACUGAAUCUUUCGAGUACCCAACGUCAACCGUACACAUUACAUUACGGAGCUACACAGUUUAAGCGAAGAUCGGCAAAGAAAACACAGGCUAAACAGAGUCAAAGAAGAUUUCAGGGGCUAUCUGAGGAGUACUAG